AUCUUCGGUGUGCCGCUCCAGGACAGCAUACGCUACGCCAAUGUCGCCAUCAGCCUGAUCAACGACGAGGGCCACAGCUACAUCUACGGCUACGUGCCGAUUGUCGUUGCGAAGUGUGGAGUCUUCUUGAAGGAGAAAGCGACGGAGACGGAGGGCAUCUUUCGACUCGCCGGAAGUGAAAAGCGCAUCAAGGAAUUAAAGGUCGCGUUCGACUCUCCAGACCGCUUCGGAAAAGGUCUGGACUGGACUGGUUAUACCGUUCACGAUGCAGCGAACAUCUUGCGCCGUUACUUUAAUCAGCUACCUGAGCCCAUCAUCCCUCUCGACUUCUACAACCGCUUCAGGGAUCCCCUGCGGAAUCACCAGGCGCAAGCAGUCGGUGCCAUUGAAGCACAGAGCCCAAGUGUUGGCGAAUUCAACCCUGACGCGGCCAUCCAUGCGUAUCAGCAGCUGAUCACGGAGCUACCUCCAUUGAACCGUCAACUGCUGCUAUACAUCCUCGAUCUCCUGGCCGUCUUUGCAAGCAAGGCUGACCAGAACAAGAUGACCACCGCCAAUCUCGCGGCCAUCUUCCAACCGGGUAUUCUCAGCCAUCCUCAGCACGACAUGGCUCCGUCGGAAUACCGUCUGAGCCAAGACGUCCUCAUCUUUCUCAUCGAGAACCAAGACAGCUUUCUC